AUGGCGCACACGAUCCGAUGGGGCAUUAUGGCCACUGGCGGAAUCGCGACCACCUUUGUCCGCGAUCUCCUCAAAGAUCCCAAAGCCCGCGACGCCUCCGACGUUGCCCACCAAGUCGUCGGCGUCGCCUCGUCCUCCUCCAAGGACAAAGCCACCCAAUUCAUCGAAGCCCUCGGCAUCCCCGGCCCCUGUACCGCCUACAGCAACUACGAUGAUCUCGUCGCAGACCCUCACAUCGACGUCGUCUAUGUCGCCACCCCGCACUCCCACCACUUCCAGAAUGCCAUGCUAGCCCUGGGCGCCGGCAAGCACGUCCUCUGCGAGAAGGCCUUCACCGUCAACGCGGCCCAGACGCGCAUCUUGUGUGAGACAGCUCGCCAGAAGAACCUCUUCCUCAUGGAGGCGGUUUGGACCCGCUAUUUCCCGCUGAGCGUGCAGGUGCGCGACAUCAUUCGGAGUGGGGAGAUUGGUGAGGUGCUGCGCACGAUUGCCGAUACAAGCUUCGGCGACGAUGUUGAGGAGAAGUGGGGGACUGCACAUCGUAUGGUUAACCCGGAUUUGGCCGGUGGUGCGCUGUUGGACUUGGGCAUCUACUCCCUCACCUGGGUUUUCCAAACUCUCUACCACACACUUCCCAAGGAUCAGAGGAAAUCGCCAACCGUCACCUCCCAAAUGACCCCCUACCACCUCACCGGCGCCGACGAAUCCACCACCAUCCUCCUCUCCUUCCCUACCAGUACCCCAACCAACGGCCCGCACCCGCAGCGCUCACAAGGCGUGGCGAUGACCAACAUCCGUGUCGCCGGUGACCCAGACGAGCAGGGUACAGCCGGCCCGAACAUCCGCAUCCAGGGCACCAAGGGCGAGAUCCAGGUGUUCGGGUACCCCUUCCGGCCCACGCGCUACCGCGUUAUUCCCAAGAAGGGGGCUGGCGAGGUCCGCGAUGUCGAGUGCUCGUUUCCGGCGCAGGGUCAUGGCAUGUACUGGGAGGCUGAUGAGGUGGCUCGUUGUCUGAGGGAUGGGAAGCUUGAGAGUGAGGGUAUGCCGUGGGAGGAGAGUAUUGCGAUCAUGGAGGUUAUGGAUGAGGUGCGUCGCCAGGGCGGAUUGACGUAUCCGGCUACGAUUGAGUCGACCCAGUAUCCUUUGCCGUUGUAG